AUGCAUGAUUUUGGAAACGCCAAACAAAAUAAUGAAAUUGAAGCUGACAUUGAGCCCUUACAUAAUUAUUCGGCUCAAAAUAUGCAAGAUAAUAGUUUUGCAUUCCAAAGAAAUCCUCAGCAAUCAAAUGAUUACAUUUUGCCUGAAGUUGAAGUCGAUACUUCAGGUAUCAAGUCUUAUCAAGAUAGAAAUAUGAAUAAGAAAAGGAAGAAACACAAGAGUAGAAAGUCAUACAGCCAAGAUGAACCAACAGAUCCAUUUGCCCAAUCAAUUCUCACUCAUAAUACAUCCGCAAAUGCCUUAAUCCCUCCAGAUUAUAACGAAGAACCUGUCUUAAACUCAAUUGAUUACAAUGAAGACCAAGGUUUUCAAAUUAAUAACGAUCAGCCAGAUAUUAAUCAAAUUCUUCCACCAAUACAACCUAACUACAAUUAUAAUAAGUAUGAACAAGCCUAUGAUUCAGGUGAUGUGUCUCAAUCCGAUGUAUCAGUAUCAUUAUCUCAAUUCCUUGAUGAUUUCUCUAUUUCGACAUCAGAUGCAUCAAGGCAGAUAAAUGCUAUGGCCGAAGAUAUUGAAUCGAUUAAUGAAUCUGUUGCAGAACAAAUGAUGAACGAAUUAGUUGAAAAAAUCGACCGUAAAGAGACACAAAUUGAUUUCAAGGAUGACUUCUUGGGUAUUCCAAAAGCAGGUCCUCUCGCGAACGAUUCUGAUGAUGUUAGAGAAGAUAAACAUUAUGAGAUGACUCUCUUCCCUAAAAGUAGAUUCCUUGAGGACACAGGACCUAAGAACUUCAAAACCAAGCACGUUCAUAAGAAUACUCAAGAAAUUAGAACAGAUAAAGAUUUUUUCGAAGAUCAAGACGCAGCAAUAUUCCCCCAGUACAAUAUUCUUCAGAGAGGAGUAUACGAUGAUGAUCCUAUGGAUGAAUCCGAAUAUGAAGAAGAUUUUGAGCCAAAAUAUGUUAUAUCAAGAUAUUUGCAAGAUACUGAUCAAGAACUGAAGAAGAGAAGAGCCGAAAGACGUAAAGAACACCAUAAGCGAUUUAUUUCUCGAAAACGAUUCAAUCCUUUAAUCCUUCCGAAUUUUGAAGUUAUACGUCGCAAGAAGACAUCCAAAUAA